AUGAAAGAUCGGUUUUCUAAACUGUUGCUCGGGGAAGAUAUGUCUAAAAGAGGAAACAGAGUUUGUACUACUCUUGCUAUCUCCAAUGCCAGUACACAUCUCUAUGUAACUGAUUCCGUCGUGGAGCUUACUCCAUCGUUCCAACAAUUCUCAGAUGGAGGCACCUUUGAGGUUAUGGUGACCCGAACCAGGUCUGAUUUAUACAUAAACCUUCCAGCACUCAAAAAACUCGAUGCCAUGCUUGACGGAUUCCACGAUUCAGAGUUCUGCUAUGUUGAUCGUGGGUUAGUCGUUUCCGAUCAUUGCAGAAACAUUAAACAACGACAUUCCAACACUUCACAAUCCGAUAGCCCUUUGAUCCAGUAUGAAGAGAAAUAG